UGUUCUUUGUGACUAGAUACUAUUACUGUCAAAUUAACCGGUGAUCCCGCAUACUCUCCUUGUGAGACAGUCCCUCUACACCGCCAACUUCUGCCCCUCGGGGCGUCCGUCCAUCCGGGCUGCUGCUGCCGCAAUCGCAAAUCCGCCAGCAGCAGCAUUAACCACCCAACCGCUACCUGCGCAAUGGCUCCCCCUCGACGGAAUCUUCUCCCCAAAGACCGCUUUGCCUUCUCAUUUGGAAGCCUAAAGACACAAAAUUACCAUGAUCCCGUUGCACGUGGGAACGGAUCUCAUACGAUUCGCACAAUAGCCUGGAACCCCACCGGUCAGCUUGUCGCUACGGGCUCUGCAGACCGUACUCUUCGAAUCUGGAACCCCGAGCGCUCCCAGGUGAAAUACUCAACCGAGUUGCGCGGCCAUACCGCCGGCAUCGAGAAGGUCGUUUUCAACCCCGUUCGAGACUCAGAGCUAGCCAGUUGCUCUACGGAUGGAACCGUUCGCGUUUGGGAUGUCCGCACUAAGACUUGCGUCAGCCGUCUAGAUGUGGGAGGCGAGGCAUUUACCUUGUCUUGGUCGGCGGAUGGCAGUGUCAUGGUUGUUGGCAGGAAGGACGAUACCCUCAUCCCCAUCUCUAUCGAGUCUCCCUCCAGUCCGAGCAUCCUCGCCGAUGGAACAACAUCUAACGCACCCGGACCCCCCCAAAAGCCCAACCUAGCACCAUCGAUCUAUAGAGCGCUAGAGCCGCACCCCCAACCUAUCCAGACCAAUGCAACAACCUUCUCCCAUCACAUUUCCAAAUCCGACACACCCAGCUUUCACCUCUUCGCGACCACCGGCGAGGGCACCGUCAAAAUCAUCUCCUACCCCUCCUUCAACGUCCUCCACACCCUUCACGCCCAUACAUCUGCCUGUCUAUCUAUCGCGUUGGCGCCUACGGGCCGCUACCUCGCCAUCGGAGGCAGCGACGCACUUAUAUCUCUAUGGGAUACGACAGACUGGAUCUGCAAACGCACCGUCUCGAGCAAUAACGGUGGUGCCGUCCGCGGCGUGAGCUGGAGUUUUGACGGCAGAUUCAUCGUUGGUGCCUGCGACGAGGUAGGCUGCGGUGGAAAUGGCCUGGAGAUCUUCCAUGCCGAAACCGGUGAAAGUGUGUACACUGUCCCCACGGGCGGAAACGCCAACUCCGGUAUACCUGCUGUCGCGUGGCAUCCGUCGCGGUACUGGCUGGCGUACUCUACCACUGCCGAUGGGUCUGGGCCGGGCGGGUUGAAGAUCGUGGGAGCUGCAGGUGGGAGCUUGUAGUUCACCAUAGUGGUUUUCUUCCCUUUCUUGGCGUUUGGUAUGCUGGGGGGUUAUUAUUUUAUGACAUUUACGGCAGGAUUUGAGCGUCAUGGGUUGUACAUAUGUCUUGAAUAUCAACUCGUUCAAACAGUACUGUGGGGCUGGAAUUCUAUGAACAGUUACAAAAUAAGUAUUCUUGCC